GUUCACACUCGUUUCCUCUUUCACAACCAUUUCUCUUUCUCUUUCCAUCUACCAGCAUAUACUCUUCCUUUCUUAAUUCACUGCCCCAUGUCCCUCUUAGCGGCACCUGCACUGGACAUCACUUUUGAAGACGACGACUGGUUCACACCGUCCGGCAAACCGCGAUUAAAUCGAGGCACCAGUGUCGGGAACAGCUGGGGUGUGACUUCUAUCGGAGGAGGCUACGACUGGUCGAGAAAACAGGAUAAGGCGAAGGAAAACCAUCAUUUCGAUUUUCCAGAGGACGACGAGCCCGCCGAGCAGGCACCGAGAGCGCACUCGAACCACGCUCAAUUCCAAUCUGCACCUGCCACAUUGGAACCCGCCGCCGCGUCCUCGUCUUCGCUUUCGAAGCCCUUGCUAUCCUCGCCCUUACCGAUAUAUCCUACCACCAUGAUCACCCCCUCAACCCCGCAACACAUCCUCACCACUUCUCACACCGCAAAGUUUACUACAGAUCCGCUAUCGCUUUCUCCAUCUGCAUCCCCCACCUUCACUUAUCCCACCUUCUCCUCCCGCCCCCAUACGCCCACCAGUCCAGCUCUCGGAUAUUUCGCCAGCAGUAGACCCCCACUACCUGCUCGUUCGCCCACGUCACCUCGACCAACGCGCCGCUCAUCGCAGCAGCGUGUCUCUCUCAUCGCUGGUCGUGUCUCCAUCGCGCCUCUAGAGCACCCAGCGCCUCCCACGGUGGCCGUGCAGAAGCUCGUCCGCACCGGAAGCUCUGCCAGCUUGCUCAGCGUCGCGGCUAGCACUGGUCCACCUACGCCUGCAGAACCGAGCCGAGCACCCUCACCGCUGCCUGGUCCCGCUGCUGACGGCAGCGAGCGAAGUAUAUCGGAGUUUGUCAUUCAGGGCGAGCUCGGUAGAGGUGCUUAUGGUCUUGUGAAGAAAGCGAGGGAGAUGCAGGAAGAUGGAACACUGGGGCCGCCUCUGGUCAUCAAACAAGUUAUCAAGUCACGCAUCCUCGCCGAUUGCUGGAAAAAGCACCCGAAACAUGGGACUAUUCCCAUCGAGAUAUACGUUAUGUCUGCCGUUUCUAAUACGUCCUAUGUUCUCCCUGCACGCCGUCCCUGGGAUCCAGCACGGUUCACGAAACCCCACACUCCAAUUGCCUCCCCUCUCUCUCGUUCACCUUCGCCUGCGUCCGCGGUCGGCUCUUCCGACUUUGAAUGGGUCGAAGGCAAAGUCGUGAAGGGUCACCCGAACAUCUGUCCCUUGCUCGAUUUCUUCGAGGAUAAUCAUUACUACUACCUCAUCUUACCUUCGACUAUUCCGGAACCCUUGCCAAACCAGCCGAUCCCACCAUCAGACCUCUUCGAUCUCGUGGAGAGCUAUCCUGAAGGUCUCCCUCCGAAUCUCAUCAGGACCUAUCUCGGCCAGAUAGCGGAUGCGAUGAGUUUCCUCCAUGCACGGGGUAUCGUACAUCGCGAUAUCAAGGAUGAGAACAUCGUCCUGGGGCCGAAUGGCAGGUGCAUAUUGAUCGACUUCGGCAGUUCUGGUCUCGUCAAGAAAGGUGGUUGGGAUACCUUCAGUGGAACCUUGGACUACGCUGGACCCGAGAUUCUGCGCGGAGAGCGGUACGAAGGCAAGCCUCAGGACGUCUGGGCCUUCGGAGUUGUGGCCUAUGUGAUGUUGGUCGGGGAGUGUCCUUUCACGACCGCCUCGGACGCACAGACUGGUCUCGAAUCACCCUUCAGCAACGCGUCGAUUGCCCUCGAUGACCGUUGUGGCGAAGAGCACGAGACGGAUGGCGAGGAGUCUGACGGGGGAGGAGCACUGGGUGAUGCCGCUGCUCUCGUCCGUGAAUGUCUGCAGGUUCAGGUUGAUGAACGUCCGUCAUUCGAUAAAAUCAUGCAGAGCCGAUUCCUCGCAGGCAUUGGUGGUUGGGGGAGAUAGAGAACUAUCUAUCACACGGAUCCGGAAAGGAUUGAGACGUAUGUAGUAUGCAGACGAGGUGGCCCACAACAGCCCAGCCUGGCUCCUCAAAACAAACAAUUUUCUAGCACACACGGGCGAUUCCAAGUUCCGAUGUGGAUCCUCCAGUUAAUCGACUGUUUUCGCUCUGUUUUUCUCGUUCCCCCCUGCUCGUUUUUUCCUCUUGCAUUCAUUUUGUUCUCUCUUUAUUCAAUUACAUACGUGUAUAUUUUAUCAUCUCACAAUUACCCUUAACCUUCAAGUCACCGCCAGCUUCGACGAUGGCGGACGUGUUAUCGUUCACCAUCGCGGGCAUGCGGCCCUGCCACCCACCUCUUAGCCUCCACGCCUUUCGCUCUCGCUUCUUGGUCAUGCCUGUUAUGUGUAGAGUAGAAAAUGGGUGUGAUAUUGUGUCUCGUCGUCUAGUCUGUAACAUCAUACUUAUUUUGUAGCGUAUGCGAGGUCUGAGUUCGAACGAA